AGAAAAAGCCAUUGGAGGAGAAAAACAGAAAGAAGAUCGAUGUCAAGGGCAACCAGUAGUAAUCGGCAGACAGUUGAAACGGUGCCACCCCGUUUUAUUCACACAGAAAGGAGGCUCAGUUUCGAAAAGAGACUGGAAACAAUUGAAGAAGAGAGUGAAAGUUGCUAUAGUAAGUGCAACAGUGAGAAGCCCCAUGCAUCUGAAUUAUCAUUUAAGGUUGAUUACACCAAACCAUUGGCCUCUGCCAUGACUGGGUGAUCAGUACUAAUAUUUUCUUACCAGUUGGUAAUUUUGUUAUAAUUGUGUUAAUCUCUCUCUCUCUCUCUCUCUCUUGCUUUGUAAUAGAAAAUAUCCUUUCUUCUAACAUUGUGAUUGUGAUGUAUCCCAUGAGAGAUGGAGCAAGGAAAAUUGACAUGUAAAUUUAGUGAAUGAUAUCUCCAAAUGAUGCAUGUACCUUUCUAUCUUCUUC